CAGGACGGACAGACGGAGAUCAGGACGUAGUUUAUGAAAAAACUGAGCUGCUGCAAUGUCUGCUGGAGAGGACGGAGCCCAGCUGCAGUGCUGUGUGACGGUGGAGCAGCUCAACAGCGCCGGCCAGGCCACCCGGAGGCAGGUCAUCCGCAAAGCCUCCGUUAUUCUGGGCCGGAACGAGUUCCAGGAGAUCCUCCUCCGAGUCCACGACGGGAAAGUCCCUCAAAGCUACCACCUGAAAGAGUUCAAACUGUUCACCAAGUUUGCCAGAGAUGGGAAGUGCACCGUCAAACUGCUCCCUGAAAACACCCAGGUGCUCCUCUCCAACUGUCCUCCAGACCAGCUGAGCCUCUUCCUCAAAACGCUGAGCAUCAAGCACCAGGCCUGGAUGGGCAGCAAGCCCCUGACCAACCGAGAGAAGCUCAGAGCCGGUCUGCCCCGCAGCUUCGAGGCCAUCAGCCCCCUGCAGCAAAAAGACAUCCAGAAGGUCAAUGAGCUGAGGAGUAAAGCGGUUCCUACAGGGCUGGCAGACCGCACCAAUAAGACAACUGUGGCGGGAGCCGGACAGCAGGUCAAACGGUCAAGGAGCGACUGUAACUUCAGCCCAGUGAAGGCCAACCCCAGUAAGAAGCCCGUCCUGUCUCUCCCGUCACGGAAACUAAAUAAAGAACAGGCUGCCGUUCUGAGUGCAGUGCUGAGCGGCAAAAACGUCUUCUUCACAGGAAGUGCAGGAACAGGAAAGUCCUUCUUGCUCAAGAGAAUCAUCGGAUCUCUGCCACCAAAGAGCACCUUUGCCACAGCGAGCACCGGAGUGGCUGCGUGUCACAUCGGAGGAACCACGCUACACAACUUUGCUGGCGUCGGCUCCGGCUCGGCCCCCCUGGAGCAGUGCAUCGAGCUGGCUCAGAGACCCGGCGUGCUGCAGCACUGGACGAGCUGCCGACACCUCAUCAUCGACGAGGUCUCCAUGGUGGAGGCCCAGUUCUUCGACAAGCUCGAAUCAGUGGCCAGGUCGGUGAGGAGAUCUACGGAGCCGUUUGGAGGCAUCCAGCUGAUCGUAUGCGGCGACUUCCUGCAGCUGCCUCCGGUUUCUAAAGGAAAGGACAAGGCCAGCUUCUGCUUCCAGGCCCGGAGUUGGCGGAAGGUCAUCCAGGUCAACAUGGAGCUGACGGAGGUACGGAGGCAAACGGACCAGAGCUUCAUCUCGCUGCUGCAGGCGGUGAGGGUGGGCAGGGUGACGGAGGAGGUCACGGCCAAGCUGAUGAGAAGCGCCUACCAUCCCAUCGAGAGGGACGGCAUCCUGGCCACCCGACUGUGCACGCACAAGGACGAUGUGGAGCUCACCAACGGAAACAAACUGCAGCAGCUGCCAGGCUCCAUGCGGGUGUUUGAGGCUCUGGACAGCGACCCGGCGCUGGUGAAGACGAUAGACGCUCACAGUCCAGUCAGCAGACUGAUCCAGCUCAAAGUGGGAGCUCAGGUCAUGCUGACGAAGAACCUGGACGUGGCCCGAGGCCUGGUGAACGGAGCGCGAGGGGUCGUGGUGGCUUUCGAGUCUGGAAAACAUGGACUCCCACGUGUGCGCUUCCUGUGUGGCGUCACGGAGGUGCUGAAGCCGGAGCGUUGGGUGUUCAAGUCCGGCGGAGGGAUGUACUUGAGUCGACAGCAGCUGCCGCUCAAACUGGCCUGGGCCAUCUCCAUCCACAAGAGCCAGGGAAUGACGCUGGACUGUGUGGAGAUCUCUCUGGCGCGUGUGUUCGAGAGCGGCCAGGCCUACGUGGCUCUGUCUCGGGCCCGGAGCCUGGAGGGGGUGAGGGUCAUGGACUUUGACCCCAGCGUGGUCCGGGCCGAUCCGGACGUCCUCGUCUUCUACAGGAAGCUGAGGAAGGAGAGGCUGCUGAUGCAGGCCUCCAUGGAUGAUUACGUUGGCAACAAAGAGAAUGUUUGGUAAAGAGCUGAAUGUCUGUGAAUCCCCUGUUGGCAAUGUGCACUGUGUGCAUGAGCGAUGCUGUUCCUUCAAGUGAGAUUAUGUUUUUCUCAAAUGACUCCAGACCAGACGUCUACGUUCACCUGACUUUAUCUGGAGUCACACUGCCACCAUCUGGUCAUUACUGUAACUGUUCACAGGUUAUUUUUUAUAUUCUGGUUUUUAAUUUAUGAUCAUGAGUCAAAUAAAGUUUUAUUCAACUGA